AAUUCUCUCACCUAUUUUUGUGUCUUGGAUUGAUUGAUUGAUCGAAUGCAAGAAAAGCCAUGAAAAUUUUCUUUCCAUAUUCACAUUUCCUUUGUCAAUAUUUGUUUAGGCCAGGAGAAUGAUGAUUAACCAUGUGGCAUUUCAACAUUAUUAUCCAAGUCUAACCACCUGAAGAUAUGAAAGAGUCCAGAUCAUGCUUGGCAGGUUUUAAGGCACUCGAAACUCUUGGUGGUGCUAUUGCAUCUUCUUUCUUUGAGGCUUUGAUUGACAAAUUGUCUUCUGCUGAAACUAUCGACGAGAAUCUACAUAGUAGGUUGAUAACGGCUUUGUUUUCCAUCAAUGCUGUUGCUGAUGAUGCUGAGAAAAAGCAGAUCAAUAACUUUCAUGUGAAAGAAUGGCUUCUUGGGGUUAAAGAUGGUGUUCUUGAUGCUCAGGAUCUCGUGGAAGAAAUUCACAUUCAAGUUUCCAAGUCCAAACAGGAAGCAGCUGAAUCUCAGACAAGCUCUACUAGAACCAACCAGCUAUUGGGUAUGUUAAAUGUCUCUCCUAGUUCAAUUGACAAGAAUAUAGUAUCUAGGUUGAAAGAGAUAGUUCAAAAACUUGAAUCGCUUGUGAGCCUGAAAGAUGUACUUCUUCUGAAUGUUAAUCAUAGUUUCAAUGCUGGGUCACGGAUGUUGAUGUCUCCAAGUUUUCCUUCUAUGAAUUCUCCUAUGUAUGGGAGAAAUGAUGACCAAAAAACUCUCUCUAAUUGGCUCAAAUCGCAGGAUAAGAAGCUCUCCGUUAUUUCAGUGGUAGGUAUGGGUGGGAUAGGGAAGACCACCCUUGCCCAACAUUUGCACAAUGAUCCUAUGAUAGUGGAAAGGUUCGAUGUUAGAGCAUGGGUAAAUGUGUCUCAGGAUUUUGAUGUUUGUAGAAUUGCAAGGGUGAUUCUAGAAUCAAUCACUGGUUCAUUCAUUCAAACUACAGAUCAGAGUAUUCUUGAGAAAAAGUUGAAGGAACAACUCAUCGGGAAGAAAUUCUUCAUUGUUUUGGAUAAUGUUUGGAUUGAAGAUGAGAUGAAAUGGGAAAAUUUUGAGACUCCGUUUAGUUAUGGGGCACAGGGAAGUAAAAUCCUUGUCACUACGCGCAGUGGAGAAGUCGCGUUGGUCACGGCAUCAGAUCAAAUCCAUCAAUUACACCAUCUGGAUGAAGAAGACUCCUGGACAUUGUUUGCGAAACAUGCAUUUCAUGGCUUUGAUGAUUCUUAUGCUGUCUCCUGGACGAAGAAGACUACCCUCCAUGAGCAGAUUGGUAAGAAGGUGGCUGACAAAUGCAAAGGAUUACCUCUGGCCUUGAUAGCCAUCGGAGAUCUCUUGUGCAUAAACUCAUCAUUGCUGCAAUGGGAGAAGAUAUCGGAAAGCGAUGCAUGGGAUUUAGCAGAAGGGACCGGAAUUGUCCCUGCAUUAAUGGUAAGCUAUCAAAACCUUCCCACUCACCUAAAGAAAUGCUUUGAGUACUGUGCCUUGUUUCCGAAAGGUUAUCUUUAUGAGAAAGAUCAUCUAUGUCUAUUGUGGAUGGCUGAAAAUUUGAUUCAACACCCUCGACAAUAUAUGAAGAGUAUGAAGGAAGUUGCUGAAUCUUACUUCAAUGAUUUGAUUUUGAGAUCAUUUUUCCAGCCGUCAACAAAGUAUAGAAAUUAUUUUGUCAUGCACGACCUACAUCAUGACUUGUCAAACUCUAUAUUUGGGGAAUUUUGCUUCACGUGGGAAGACAGAAAAUCAAAGAACAUGAAAAGCAUAACUCGUCAUUUUUCAUUUUUAUGUGAUGAACUAGGAUGUCCGAAAGGACUAGAGACCUUGUUCGAUGCGAAGAAGUUGCGCACAUUCCUACCGUUGUCUAUGACUUGUUAUGAAUAUCAAUGGUUAUUGUGCUUUAACUCUAACAAAUUACUGCUUUCAGAGCUCUUCUCCAAGUGCAAGAGGCUGCGUGUCUUAUCUUUGUGUGGGUGUAUGGAUAUGAUUGAGUUACCGGAUAACAUAGGCAAUCUUAAACAUCUCCAUCACCUCGACCUUUCUCGUACUAAAAUAAGUAAACUUCCGGAUACAUUGUGCUCACUUCAUUACUUGCAAACAUUGAAGGUCAGGGACUGUCAAUUUCUUGAAGAGUUGCCUAUGAAUUUGCACAAACUCGUGAACUUGUGUUAUCUCGAUUUUAGUGGAACAAAGGUAACAGGGAUGCCAAAGGAAAUGGGAAAGCUGAAAAAUCUUGAAGUACUGAGUUCUUUUUAUGUAGGCGAGGGAAACGAUUCUAGUAUACAACAGUUAGGAGAUUUAAAUUUACAUGGAAAUCUUGUAGUUGCAGACCUGGAAAAUGUUAUGAAUCCGGAGGAUUCAGUUUCAGCAAAUUUAGAGAGUAAGAUAAACCUUCUGAAACUAGAAUUAAGAUGGAAUGCAACUCGCAACAGUUCACAAAAAGAAAGGGAGGUGCUCCAGAACCUAAAACCUUCUAUACAUUUGAAUGAGCUCUCAAUUGAGAAGUAUUGUGGUACGUUAUUCCCACAUUGGUUUGGAGACAAUUCACUGUCAUGUCUGGUAUCCUUGAAGUUAAGCAAUUGUGAAAACUGUAUUUUGCUUCCUUCACUUGGAGUUAUGUCAUCACUCAAGCACCUUCGGAUUACCGGACUCUCUGGAAUAGUGGUGAUUGGUAUGGAGUUUUAUAGGGAUGGGAGAAGCUCUACUGUAUCUAUUCCAUUUCCAUCCUUGGAAACCUUAACUUUUAAGGAUAUGAAUGGAUGGGAAAAAUGGGAAUUUGAAGUUGUUGGGGGGGUUGUUUUUCCACGUCUAAAAAAGCUUUCUAUAAUGCGAUGUCCAAAUCUGAAAGACAAAUUACCAGAGACACUUGAAUGUUUAGUGAGUCUGAAAAUUUGUGAUUGCAAACAGCUCGUGACUUCUGUUCCAUUCUCUCCAUCAAUCAGUGAACUACGUCUCACCAAUUGUGGAAAAUUGAAAUUUAAUUAUCAUUUAUCCACUCUGAAAUUUCUUUACAUUCGUCAAUGUUACAUCGAAGGAUCCUCCGUGGAUUGGACCGGGCAUACAUUAUCUGAAUGUGGUACCAACAUUAAAUCGUUGAAAAUUGAAGAUUGCCCAACUAUGCAUAUUCCCCUAUGCGGAUGCUACAGUUUCCUUGUAAAAUUGGACAUCACCAGUAGCUGCGACUCUCUAACAACAUUCCCGCUGAAUCUGUUCCCAAAUCUUGAUUUUCUCGACCUUUAUAAGUGUAGUAGUUUUGAAAUGAUUUCACAGGAAAAUGAGCAUCUUAAACUCACAUCUCUCUCAAUUGGAGAGUGUCCUAAAUUUGCAUCAUUUCCAAAAGGAGGAUUGUCUACACCAAGGCUGCAACACUUUGAUAUUUCCAAAUUGGAGAAUUUAAAAUCACUUCCUAAAUGCAUGCAUGUCCUCCUUCCAUCUCUUUAUAAGCUAUCUAUAGAUGAUUGUCCACAGUUGGAGUCGUUCUCCGAUGGAGGUUUGCCAUCAAGCCUAAGAAACCUCUUUCUUGUGAAAUGCUCAAAACUUCUUAUCAACUCGCUGAAAUGGGCUUUGCCGACCAAUACAUCUCUCUCUAACAUGUAUAUUCAAGAAUUAGAUGUGGAGUUUUUUCCUAAUCAAGGGUUGCUUCCUAUCUCUCUUACUUAUCUAAAUAUUUGUGGUUGUCGAAAUCUCAAACAACUUGACUACAAGGGUCUUGAGAACCUUCCCUCUCUUAGAACAUUGAGUCUAAAUAAUUGUCCCAACAUCCAAUGCUUGCCAAAGGAGGGUCUGCCUAAAUCCAUUUCAACUCUACAAAUAUUGGGGAAUUGUUCACUGCUUAAACAACGAUGCAAGAAACCAAAUGGCGAAGAUUACAGAAAGAUUGCACAAAUUGAAUGUGUAAUGAUUGACAAUUACACAAGCUCCGACGUUUAAAAUAAGGCGUUUACCAACAAUCUUAGUUCCCAACUUUAACUCAGGUUGGCGCAUCAAGUUUCCAUAACGAAAAUGACUCGUUUGAUUGACAAUUGUACAAUGAACAACCUGCCGCCUCCAGUGACAAUUGUACAAAUCAAUGUAACUCGUAACUCGCUGGAUUAUCAGUAGUACAUGACAAACUCGCAGGAAUUUUAUGCGAAGAAAGGGACACCAAAAAAAUGGUGGUGAAGUGCUAAAGUUCUGGGAAUUAAGAAGACAAAGGUACAAAAGUUCAUUGCAGUUCUAAUACAGAUUUCCAUGAAACUUCUCAAGAGGUCUCCUUGGCUGCACAAGACAUCAAAUAUUUUUUCUAAAUAGAUAAUUGCUUUGUGGUUUUAAAUAUGUGAGUAUUUUCUUGGUAAAAUAUUUCACAGAUUAAUAACAAUCCUUAAUGUACAAGAAAUUGAUUGUGCCCUUGGAAUCUUGUUUCAAGUAUAUUAUUUUCCAACAAUCUUGAGAGUUGAUCUCUUCUUCUAAUCAUAGA